AGACAUAGAGAGUGGAAACAAAGGAAGUACAGUUCUUUACAGUCAGUGAACAGUCUGUUAUCUGUUAUAAAAAUGUAGCAGGUGAAGGGAACCUGUGUAUGUGCGUCAGGAGACCAAUCCAUUCCAGGAAGUCAGUGUGAAGGUUGGAAAUGAGGAGAGAGAGAGAGAGAAAGAGAGAAACAGGAAGUCAUUAACUGGUGCACCUGUCUCAGGUAGCUCAUUCUCAGGUCACUGCUUAUGGUUACAAGACGACCAGGGAGUUAGUAAGAUAUUAGACAACAAGUGGAAGCGGUAGCAGAAAACAGAGGGAUGGAUGUACAGAAUGAAGGGAAAACAGUUUGCAUUCCUCUAGCAGAAGCUGAGAAAUAUUACCGCUUUUCCAGAUGUUGCCACUGGCUCCAAAAUGAGAUCAUGCAGAAGGAGUCUAGUCCUUUCUACGCUGCUGACAUCAUCACUGAGCUCAAGAGACAGUUUGCUUUCCUGUCUGGGGGAAGAGGACAGGAUGGAAGCCCUAUCAUUAUCUUUCCAGAGUUCCCUUCAUUUUGUGAAAUUGGAGACCAAGAGUUUCGUAAUGUUCUUACCUACCUGACAAGUACUCCCAGUCUGAGUGCAGCGGGUGUGGGCUUCAUCGUAGUGAUUGACAGGCGUAGAGAUCGAUGGACGUGUUUAAAGGGGACAUUACUGCGUAUCUCAGGCUGGUUUCCUGCUAAUCUUCGGCUUGUUCUGGUGCUGAGACCCAGUGCUAUCCUGCAGCGAACGUUGUCUGAUGUGUUCUUCAAACUCCACAAAGAUGACUUUAAAGUACCGGUUAUCAUGCUAAGCUCACUGGCUGAUCUGCACUUUUAUAUUGAGCGGAGUCAACUGACACAAGAACUGGGUGGCUCUCAAUACUACUGUCACAAGACCUGGAUCUCUCAUCGCACAGAUCUUGAAAGCUUUGCUGCUUUAGUGAAGAGGAUGGCUGAGAGACUGCAAGUGUUCGGCAGGGAGCUGGCAGAAACCGAGCUCCCUAACAACCUCCUUACAGCCAGCAAUCUGCUCAAUGCACAAACCAGCAGAAAAGACAGUUUCAAAGAAGAGAUGGCUGGAGCUCUAAGCCAAGGACGCAGACUCUUGGAGAACAUCAGGGAACCGGUCCGCAGAGAUCCGGACAGCAGUCUAAACCCUGAUCAACUAGAGAACCUUGCUACAGUGCACAGGCUGUUAUCCCAGUUAAAUGAGAGCUCUACAGCAUUUGAUGAGUUCUGGAUUCAGCAUCAAAAUAAACUGGAUCAAUGUUUGAAACUCUGCCAGUUCGAGCACAACUUGCAACAGUUGCGAACAGACCUGGAGCAGACAACAGACACACUGAAUGCUUUCUCAGACGUUGGAAUAAGCUCUGUCCAAACAGAACACCUCCUUCAAGAGCUGACCAAUCAAGAGAAGAAAGCCUGUGAAGUGCUGGACAGAGUUAGGUCUGUGGUUGCCGAGGGCCAGUGUUUGAUUGACAGCUCUCAAAAUGUUGACAACACUGUUGCAGUGAAAUGCGAUGAGCUUCAGAGAGUGAGAGAGAAUCUCACCCAAGAGCUCAAAGACAAGAGGAUCAUGCUGACACAGGCUAUGGAGCUACAUAGAAGAUUGGAAAUGGUGUGUAAAUGGUGUGAUGAUGGGAUUUAUAUGCUAGCGUCACAGCCUCUUGACAAGUGCCAGUCACAGGAGGGGGCGGAGUCAGCACUGUCAGAGCUGGAGUGUUACCUGGAGACAGCCAAUGAGAAACAGCAGUGGGAGAUCAGCACAGUUUGGCUGGAAUAUGAGAACAUACUGAACAAUGAGCUCAGGGAGCAAGUAAAGCGUGCUUUUGAGAAGAAAGCCUCCCUACAGGAGAUGUUUGAGAGGAGGAGGGUCAGUCUGAAGAAACUAGCAGCCAAACAAACACGACCUGUCCAACCUGUGGCCCCACGACCAGAGUCACUCUCAUCUCCUGCUCACAGGGAGCAUGAGAACAUCUGUAUUAGUGAGGACUCAGACAGCAGGGUUUCUUGUAAACAAGUAAAUUCUGAUCAAGUUGACAGGAGCUGUCGCAAUCCUUCUGUGUCUGAGGAGGAGGAAACCCUGGCUGUGCUGCGCAGGCAUGUAAUGAACGAGUUACUAGAAACAGAAAGAGCAUAUGUGGAAGAGCUUAUGUGUGUUUUGCAGGGAUAUGCUGCAGAGAUGGACAACCCCUCCAUGGCUCCUCUCAUCCCUGCAGCCCUGCAAAACAAGAAGGAUGUGUUAUUUGGGAACAUGCAGGAAAUUUAUAAUUUCCACAAAAGAAUAUUCCUCAAAGAGCUGGAAACUUACACUGACUGCCCUGAGCUUGUGGGCCGCUGCUUUCUGGACUGGAUGGGGGAGCUGCAGAUUUAUGAAAAAUACUGUCACAACAAGCCUCGUUCUGAGAGCCUCUGGAGGCAGUGCUCAGACUGCACCUUCAUCCAGGAGUGUCAGAAGAAACUAGAGCACAAACUUGGACUGGACUCAUACUUACUGAAACCUGUGCAGAGGAUCACUAAAUACCAGCUCCUGCUGAAGGAGAUGAUUAAGUACAGUAAAGGCUGUGAGGGCUCAGUGGAGCUGCAGGCAGCUCUUUCCUCCAUACUGGGUAUCCUGAAGGCUGUAAAUGACUCAAUGCACCUCAUCGCCAUCACAGGAUAUGAGGGUAACCUUGGAGACCUGGGUCGCCUGCUGAUGCAGGGGUCGUUCAGCGUGUGGGCGGAGCAUAAGAGAGGUCACGUGAAGGUGAUGGAGCUUGCCAGGUUUAAGCCCAUGCAGAGACACCUGUUCCUGCAUCAGAAAGCUCUGCUCUUCUGCAAGAGACGAGAGGAGAGCGGAGAGGGAUACGAGAAAGCACCCUCAUAUAGCUUCAAACAGGAGCUCAGCAUGGCUGCUAUUGGAAUAACAGAGCAUGCUAAAGGGGACAGCAAGAAGUUUGAGGUCUGGUCCCGUUCGAGAGAUGAGGUCUACACAGUACAGGCCGUGUCUGAGGAGGUUAAGACCAUCUGGGUAACAGAAAUCCGAAAACUUCUAACAGGACAGCUGGAGGCCUGCAAAGAGGCAAGUCAACAGAGGGCACCUGAGCAGUUCUCCUCAGAUACCAGCUCAACUAACAGACUGGUGAGAAAUGAACGUAGUAACCUCAGGAGUGGAGGAGUGGAGAAACCAAAGGCAGACGAGGAAAGAGCCAAAGAACUUGAGAACAUUCUUGAACCCAGAAUGACAGGGAGAGCAAAAGGGUCUUCAUUCAGUUUUGAGACAAAACCAAAACGACAGGAUAUCCGGAGUGACCCUACACCUCUAGAAACAGGGCCACACCCUAACAUGGGCGGAGUCAGGUGGUUCAGUACAUCAAGCCUGUUUCAAAAUCGUAGGAGAGGUACACAUACUGAGUACACACGUUGGACUAAAGGAUCUCUCUCGUUGGAUGCCUCUGUGGAGCAUGAUGGAUACUUUAGUGCAGAGGAGCAGGUGACCUCUGACCCAGAAGAGGAGAAGGAAGAUAAAAUGUGUGCAGAUGAGCUGCAGUCUGUGAGGAUAGAGGAAGAGAUCCAGUGUUCUGAAGAGACUGAGGAUCCUGAGAAAUGAGAGUUGAGUGUGAAUGUGUGUGUAUUUCCAUCAAUGUACAGCAAAUACGCUAGGUUUUGUGCAUAACUCUUGAAAAUAGGGAAAUGAGACAUAUAUAAACCAUUAACUUUGAAGAUUCGCAUACUCUUAAAAAUAAAGGUUUCUGGUAGAACCAAAGAGUUUUAAUGAAUAGCCUACAUGGGAGAAAGCUGUCCAUUAGCAAUCACAAUGGCAGUGUGAUAAAAUGCUUUUUUGUCAGAAUAUGCAGCUAAUUUUAAAUGGCUGUCAAUGGAGAAAAUUGCUUCUUAGAACCAAACAACUACCAGCAGGGGUCAGACUAACCAGCCACAAACAAACAGUUAGUGCCAAAAAGGGUUUUACAGGACCUUUUUAUUCUUUAAAGGGGUCAUAUGAUGUUGCUAAAAAGAACCUUAUUUUGUGUAUUUGGUGUAAUGCAAUGUGUUUAUGCGGUUUAAGGUUCGCUUUCUCAAUGAAACAGCAUCACACACUGCGGCCUUGAGUGAGCCGCGGCCGGUUUAAGUAAGCAGAGGCGGUAGUUUCUUGAGAGUGGCUUGAGAACGGUGCAGCAGGCGGUUUCUAUGAAGGAGCAUACCUCUGGCUUGUAGCAACCACAUGUGACGACCCCAGGCUGGAAAGCCGAUUCAGCGAUCCACAGUGCAUAGUUGAUGUAUUUCCGCAGCGACCAGCAUGGAUCAGCUCCAGGCAUGACGAAGCGGAUAUCAUCCUCUUUUGG